GGCAUUGCACUACUCCACAUUCACUACACAAAAAGCCAAGGGAACCUCUGUGCCCAGUGUCAUGGCAGGAGAGGGGAUCACUAUUUCCCACUGGAUUGCAAGCCCUGUGCGCUACCAGGAGCACUUCAAAACCAGGAAUCUCACUGAAUGCACUGAAGAUCAUCAACUGUUUGCCCUGCCAGGACCUGAAUGUCUGCCGGUUAAAAUGGACACUGAGGGGGGUGAAGCAGACAGUGAGGACGAGGAUUCAGGAGAGCUAUUAUUUCAAGUCCUGCUGGACGUGACUCAGUUUAAACCAGAAGACAUCCUCAUACAGGUCUUUGAAGGGUGGCUGCUUAUUAGAGGUUGGCAUGGGGUGAGGAUGGACGAGCAUGGGUUUGUGUCACGGAGUUUCACCAGACAGUAUCAGCUGCCUGACCGUCAGCUCCAGGCGGGGGACCUCAAAGCCAUGCUGUGUCAUGAUGGGAUACUAGUGGUGGAGACCAAGGACCGAUGGUGGCCAGCAUGUGAUUAGGAAAACACAGUGACUUAACACUAUUCAUGAUGUUAGCUGAACACUGUUGUUGUGAUCAGUUAGCCGGUAAUCACAUUCUUUGCUGUUGUAUGACAAUUUUGCUUUGUUUUGGGUGUCCCCAGAUGUUUAACAAUCAGCUUGAUUGCCUGCAUAAUGCUUAGUGGCGAAAAUUAAAUUUUCUAAUAAGUAAAAAAGACUCUUAUCUGUUCAUAUUUCUAUAUAUAUAACCUAAAGUAAUUAAAAAUCGGCAUCAAGUACAUAAUAGUUCCCUUGCAGGAAUGUGAUUAAACUUUAUGAUUACAUCUCAUUACGUCAUUCUGCAAGCACGUUUGCCAGCAUGUCAAUGCCAUAAUGCAGCGCUACUGUACGUUUAAGAAUUGUUUGACAAACCUGUUUAGUACAAAAAGUAAACAUGCCGGCUGGCAUGACCUCAUAAUACUGUUAGAAAACAAACUUAUUCUUUAAUUAAAGAAGUUUUAAUGUUUCUUGUGUCAUACUGCACUUUAAUCGCACUUCGCACAUAUAUAAACAAGAUGAA